AUGCGCAGUGUGACAAAUAAACAAUAUGGCGGCGUCUAUACAGGCUUUUACAUCUGCUGGGAGAUGUCUCCUACAAAGACACUUAAUGAAUACAAAUUCCUUAAGAAAGGUCAUAGCUGGACCACACAGACUCUUGGCUACCCAGGCUGCGUACCAGGUGGUCUUAAAUGUUCCUGAAACCAAGGUGACCAUGUUAGACAACGGACUCCGGGUGGCUUCUGAGGAUGCUGGGCUUACCACUAGCACUGUGGGCCUCUGGAUAGAUGCUGGCAGUCGCUAUGAGAAUGAGAGAAAUAAUGGCACAGCACAUUUUCUGGAGCAUAUGGCAUUUAAGGGUACCAGGAAACGGUCCCAGCUGGAUCUGGAGCUGGAGAUCGAGAAUAUGGGGGCUCACCUGAACGCCUACACGUCCCGGGAGCAAACUGUGUAUUAUGCCAAAGCAUUUUCCAAGGAUCUUCCACGAGCUGUGGAGAUCCUGGCUGACAUCAUCCAGAACAGCACACUGGGAGAGGCAGAGAUCGAGAGGGAGCGAGGGGUCAUCCUGAGAGAGAUGCAGGAAGUGGAGACCAAUCUACAGGAGGUGGUCUUUGACUACCUGCACGCUACAGCGUAUCAGUCCACAGCUCUGGGCAGGACCAUUCUGGGCCCCACUGAGAACAUCAAAACCAUCAACAGAAGAGACCUGGUUGAGUACAUCACCACUCAUUACAAGGGCCCCAGAAUAGUGCUGGCUGCUGCUGGAGGAGUUUCACAUGACGAGCUCAUUGAUUUGGCCACAUAUCACUUUGGAAAACUUCCUGGCAGAUAUCAAGGUGAAGCUCCAGCACUUCCUCCCUGCCACUUCACAGGAAGUGAGAUCCGUGUGCGUGAUGACAAGAUGCCCCUGGCUCAUAUUGCCAUCGCAGUGGAGGCAGUCGGAUGGUCUCAUCCUGACACCAUCCCCCUCAUGGUGGCAAACACACUGAUUGGAAAUUGGGACCGCUCCUUUGGUGGUGGUGUGAAUCUGUCCAGUAAACUGGCCCAGAUGGCCUGUCAGGGAAACCUGUGCCACAGCUUCCAAUCCUUCAACACCUGCUACACAGACACAGGCCUGUGGGGGCUCUACAUGGUAUGUGAGCCCGGUACCAUCCGCGACAUGAUGCACUUUACGCAGAGGGAAUGGAUGUCUCUUUGUACAAGUGUGACGGAGAGCGAGGUGGCCCGGGCCAAGAAUUUGCUCAAAACCAACAUGCUCCUGCAUCUCGACGGAUCCACCCCUAUUUGUGAGGACAUUGGCAGACAGAUGCUGUGCUACAGUCGCAGGAUCCCUCUGCAUGAGCUGGAGGCCAGGAUUGAUGCCAUCAGCGCAGAGACCAUUAAGGAUGUGUGCACCAAAUACAUCUUCAACAAGGCUCCUGCCAUUGCAGCAGUUGGUCCAAUUGAACGGCUUCCAGAGUACAACCAGAUCCGCAGUGGCAUGUUCUGGAUGAGAACCUGAGGACAAAUGACCUUUCAUACUGUAUGACUAGAAAGACUAUUUAAAUCCUUUUAUCUUCUUGAAAUUUUUAUUAUAAAAUAAAGACCAAUACAAUAAUGAUAAAA